GACUUUCAUAACAUCUGACUGAUCAACUAAAUAUUAUAGUUUUAAACACUGAAAAUUGCAAUAUAAAGUAGUUGAUCUGUUUUUAAUGGAGUUGUCUACAUUUGAAUCUCUGUCAAAAACGACAAAAUUGAAUCCCUCCGACGAAUACAUAAUCAUUCUAAUUGCAAAAUUAUCAAACUAGAAUUUCAGCCUUUCUGUGAUAAAUUACACGAUUUACUAGUUUAGUUUUAAAGUCGUGUAAUAAUAUAUAUGUGCUUUGGGAUAUUGUUAAAUGUCAGUGUCAGUGUUGUCCAUGAAUGUAAACACGUCGCAGCAUUAUGUGCAUUGUAUAUUAUUGCUUGAUUUAAGCAAUUUGACUAGUGAUUUCUCAAUAUUCAACCACACGGGCUGCUAUUUACUUAAAUAUUGUGAUUAAUUUGAUUGCUGUCAGAUAUUCUUGGUUUCAAUGGACGGAAAAUUAACGAGAUUACUCCCUAAAACUCCCAUUUGGACUUUAAUAACACAACAAUAAGCCAACCGGUGGUAAAUUAUGGAUCGUUUAACAGUUUCCGACCUGAAAGGUGCCUUGUUGGAGAACGAAGGUAGCCCCACUACAAUGGAAGGGAUUUCGUCGAACAAAAUGAACCCCUUAAAGACCACGAAGCAAAGAAAUACUUCAAACAACCAUCGAAAAAGUCAGAGAUCGACCGCAUCGGGAGGGCGGAACAACAGCACAGAUGAAGACGUACGAGGGGACCAUCAUCAAUCUCACGCCCCCCUUCCCAUCGCUUCCGUCUUAUUGUCCGGGGAUGAGGAAGGGUUUAGAAAGUGUCACCAUGAGGGCGAUGGUGACAAUGAAAAUACGACCAACAAUGACGAACAAAGUGGUUUUGUGGAUGAUUCAGAAAACGACAAUAUUGCCGACAGGCUGUGUUCCUUAUCAAAGUUAUCGCUGCAUAGUGCAACACUUGUGGUGAAUGAGGAGGAGGAGGCCACAGAAGGGCAUUUUUAUGGAGUAGGUAGUGGUGGUGUAAACAAUACAGUGUCGUCGUCGUCGUCGACGAUUGUAGCAAAUAGUUCUAUUGCAGCCAGCAGCGCGGCAUUUUCUCCACACUCAGUUUCAAUAUCUAAAAUUAGAAAUCCAUCGUAUCCCAGUUUUCAUGAAUCAGACUCAAUUAGUGAAGCUCAUCUCAAGAACCAUUUUAUCCCCGUCCAAUCAUCCAGCGGAUGCCAUCACACUGGAGCUACGACGACGGGCGAUGGGGAUGGAGCCAGCGAGGCGAUGGACGACUGUACAGGACGACGAUUUCGACGAAGGAGACGACGCAGAGGACACAACACAAACACUAAAAGAAUGGCUGUAGAGGCAUCAGUCGACUGUCACCUGAGUGGAGAUGAAACUGUAGCUGGGUAUUCAAUAUUAUCGGCAGAACGGCCAGGCCCAUCACACAAAAAACUUACCAGCAAGGUGGACAAAAGCAAGACCGUCCUUGAUCCAUUGGAUGCGUUUGGAGUGAAACGGAAGAGAACGAUUGCAUCAUCGGCUGGAAGUGCUUCUGCUCAAAUCUCUGACAAGAAAUUUGGGGACAUGGACAUUGCAGAUGUUGGAAGGUUAUCGCUAAACUCCCCCGAAACGACCCUGGAGGAUCAGGAAAUGAGAAGCGAUGAUGAAGACGAGUGUUCCUCGUGUGACUCUGUUGACGAGGAAGGAGAUGAAGAUGACAGAGGGAGAGAAGCGGAUGAUGAACAAAGUGAUUGGGUAUUUGAUGAAUGGAGCACCAAUUCUAAUAAGCCCAAAGAGGAAACAGUUUCUUCCAGGAAAAAGAGACUAUUGAAAAUGCUUCGAAGUUAUGAAGACAUGAUAUCUGCAAAUGUUGCUGGGGGCCCACUUAACUCGAAUUAUCAAAUCAAUACACGGGAAAUUCGAGCAGGCAAGAGGCGAGUUUUUGUAGGCAAGCCAGGUUUCCCCACGAAAGGCAUAUGGACCUCUGCAAAUGAAGAGGUGUCCAGAUUCCUGCAAGAUCCUCUGCAGUCGCAAAUUAGGCUAAAACCAAUUUCUGCCGAGGAAGGGGUAAAACUAGCAAAUUUAGCCUCCUUGUACUCAUUGCGGAUGGAUUAUUGCAAUAAUCAAAGUGAAGAACAAAAAAUGGAUGACAUUUCCAUACCAUCUCCUGAAGAAACCGUAGUAGAUUCUACAAGUCUGACAAAAUUAAUCCCUGUACUCACGAAAACUCCCAACACUACCCAAAUGGAUAAAAUGCACGACUCGUCGUCCAUUGUUCCCUCCCCAUUUAAUGCUGAAGGUAGUAGUAGUAGUAACGUAAGCAGCGUCUAUGGACCCACACAUUCAGACGUUGAUUCAUCCAGAACUAGCGAUUCUAAACGCAUUAAAAAAUAAUUAUCAUUAUUACGUUUACGUAUGAGACCUGUACUGCAAUUACAUAAGUAUGUACUUACAAAUUUUCGUUGUAGUAACUCAUGAAUUCAACAAAAUAAAUUAUCUCGCUAUACGAAUUAGACUGUA